GAGAGAGAGAGAGGGGUGGGCGAGUCAGCUGGCGCGAGGCUUCCCAGGCGGAACCUUCCUUGAGGAGGGGCGCCAGACCAGACGGUUCCCUCCGUCUCCUUCCCCUUCGUUUCCCCAGGAAAGAGUUCCCGGAGAGGGCAGGCGCCCUUCCUUCCCCUCGCGCUGCCAAGUCCAGGCUGCGAGAAACUUAAUCAGCUCAGGAGAGGGAGGCGGAAAGGGAGGCCACGAGGAGGAGGAGGAGCGGGAGCCGAGCGCGCCACUCACUCCCUCGCUCACUCCGACUGACUGACUGACUUUGCAGGUGGUUUGAAGCAGUGGAUGUAAUUUUGAAGAAACUGUGAAUCACAAAUGGCUUUAGCUGGCUGUCCAGACUCCUUUUUGCACCAUCCUUACCGGAUAGACAGUGUAGAUCAGUCAUCGGCGCAUGCUCAGCCUGGAUUUGAAGAACAAUCAAGACAUAUGCAAGGAGAUGAUGAUGUGGACUUGGAAGCUUUAGUUAACGACAUGAACUCCUCAUUUGAAAGUCUGUACUCCACCUAUAGUAUGCAUUCAGAAAGCACACCACUCAUUCAGAAUGGCCAGCUUAAUCGGAGCCAGCUGCCAGGAGCAAAUUCACUGCAUCUUGUGUCUCCAAGACAGAAAAUACAGAGGUCUCAGCCAGUACGCAUCAUGGCAGUCAGACGGCUGCAAGAGGAGGAGCAACAAUUCAGAACAUCCUCUUUGCCUGCCAUACCAAAUCCCUUUCCUGAGCUUUGCAGUCCUACACGCUCACCUGUGUUGGCUCCCGGAUCUCUACCUCAAAGUCAGCCUACUAAUAAACAAGAUGUAAAAGUCUUUAGUGAAGAUGGGACGUGCAAGGUGGUUGAGAUCUUAGCAGAUAUGACAGCCCGAGAUCUUUGCCAGCUUCUUGUUUAUAAAAGUCAUUGUGUGGACGACAACAGCUGGACCCUGGUGGAGCAUCAUCCUCUUCUAGGACUAGAGAGGUGCUUGGAAGAUCAUGAACUUGUUGUUCAAGUGGAAUCCACAAUGGGAAGUGAAAGUAAAUUUUUAUUCAGGAAGAAUUAUGCUAAAUAUGAAUUUUUUAAGAACCCUGUGAACUUUUUUCCAGAACAGAUGGUUGCUUGGUGUCAGCAGUCAAAUGGCUGUAUUCCACAGUCACAACUCCUACAGAAUUUUUUAAACUCGAGUAGCUGUCCAGAAAUACAAGGGUUCUUACAUGUAAAAGAACUGGGGAGGAAAUCGUGGAAGAAGCUGUAUGUUUGUCUGAGGAGAUCUGGAUUGUAUUGUUCUACAAAAGGUUCUUCAAAGGAACCAAGGCAUCUGCAGUUGUUAGCUGACCUUGAAGAUAGCAAUAUUUUCUCGUUGGUAGCAGGGAAGAAACUGUACAGUGCUCCAACAGAUUAUGGAUUUUGUAUAAAGCCCAAAAAAGCAAGAAAUGAAACGAAAGAGUUACGGUUGCUGUGUGCCGAGGAUGAGCAAAGCAGAACAUGCUGGAUGACAGCCUUUAGGCUUCUAAAGUAUGGGAUGUUGCUGUACCAGAACUACAUAAUUCCUCAACAAAGGAAAGCUGUGCAUCCACACUUUACUACUCCCAUAAGAAGCGUGUCUGAAAAUUCCUUAGUAGCAAUGGACUUUUCCGGACAAAUAGGAAGAGUUAUUGAAAAUCCUGCAGAAGCACAGAAUGCAGCCUUAGAAGAAGGACAUGCUUGGAGGAAACGCAGUACGAGAAUGAAUAUUUUGGGGACCCAAAGUCCACUUCAUCCUUCCACAGUGAGCACAGGUAUUCAUAGGGCACAGCACUGGUUUCACGGCAGGAUCUCUAGAGAGGAAUCACAUCGGAUUAUUAAACAGCAGGGCCUUGUGGAUGGGCUAUUUCUUCUCCGGGAUAGUCAAAGUAACCCAAAGGCAUUUGUACUCACACUCUGUCAUCAUCAAAAAAUCAAACAUUUUCAGAUUCUGCCGUGUGAAGACGAUGGACAAAUAUUUUUAAGCCUUGAUGAUGGGAGCACCAAAUUCACUGACUUAAUUCAGCUUGUUGAAUUCUACCAACUCAAUAGGGGAGUGUUGCCCUGCAAACUCAAACAUCACUGCACCCGUGUGGCCUUAUGACAUCUGUUCAAGUCCAUGUUGAAGACUGGCUUUGCCCACAGACUGGAGUUGCGAAAGAAAAAAAGUACACGAAAGUUCACGCUGGGGCAUUGGCAGACUUGUAGUUGUCUUUUUAAAUACAUAUGCACCUUGGCACUCAAAAAGGGAUCGUUUGAGCUGGUGCCAGCAGACUAAGAUUUUGCUGGUUUGUGUCAUACCCGGGCAUGAUUUUGCAGAAUGUCCCAAGCACCAUCCUCCCUCCAAAGUUGUAAAAUCACUAAACAAAACUGGAAACUGUCCCUUGGCUGAUCCAAUUAACAGAAUCACGUUGGUGAAGCAAAAUAAUUGAAAGAGAACUCUUGCCCUGGAAGAAUCUUGACAAUUUAAAUUUUAGUGUGUUUACUUUUUUUUAUUGCUCACUCACUAUUUUUGUCUUUGUUUUGCACUCCUCUUUUUGGGAUAUUGCAUGCGGUCUGUAUUAGGAAGUGAUUCAGCUUUUACAUUUACACAGGAUCUGAGUAUCGCUCUACACCUUGUGUGGCGUUCGAUUGCUACUGCUGAACUAGGAUCCAGAUGUUUGACCUCUCUGCAGACCUCAGAUGAUGUUCUUGAAGGAACGAUAUCAAUGAAAAUCUGAAAAAAACCCAACAAAUACCACUCAUAUUCUUGAGAGGGAUGAUGAUAGCUGCAGCCUGUAGGCAGUACUUUAGGGUUGGACAGUUAUGCAAGGUAUUAAUAACCCCAUGCACAAAUAGUCUGGACCUAAUCUAAUCUGGGUGGGCUUUCAGUCAUCCUUCCAGCCUUCUAGAUUCCCUUAUUCUGAAUAUACUCUGUGGAAUAAUCUGCUGUCAAUAGCUAGAGCGAAGCUAAAUUAUCAUAUAAGUAUUUGAAAUCAACAGGGGGGAAUGGAGGCUCUGUUACUUUUGGUGUGAUUUGUUAUAGCACAAAUUCUGUGUUUUUAUUUUUAGCAGUAUUUCUUAAAUUUUCAGAGUUUAUCACAGAGCAGAAAAUAUGCUGCACAGCUUCGUAAGCACAUGAGACCAGUACUGCCCUCUAAGUGUAGGCCAAAGCUUACAUUAUGAGUCUGUAUGAAAAACUGUGGACAUAAUCUAUCAAGCACUGUCAUAUAGCUUUUCAGUUCAACAAAAGAAACCCAUGUAAGUACCACUAGUUGAAUAUAGAAUACAAUAGGACUGGCAGCUUAAUGGCUAGAAACUUAUUUGGAGGCUCGAUUUCCAGCCAUCUUGACCAGGCUGGGAUUUGUUAUUGUCAUUUUUGUCAAUUGAUACUUGGGGAUAUAUGCACUAAAGAAUUUCUGCCAGUACAGUGGGCCCUUUGGAUCCGCUGGGGUUUGGUUCCAGAAUCCCCUAUGGAAACCCAAAUCCGUGGAUGCUUAAGUCCCAUUAUAUACAGUGGCAUAGUAAAAUGGCAUCCUUUUAAAAAUGGUAAAUAACUCAAAACAAGUUUAGGAGGACCUGUGAAAUGGCAAGAGGCUAUUCCUAUAAAUCAAUGCAAAGCCAAAUCAAGGUUUGGUUUUUGAAAUUUUUUACAGGGUGAGGCAGCAUAAUUUCCUUUUUUCAAAAUUUAAUAAAACCCAUUGUAUGAAUCAGAAAUUUUUAAUUUUUUUUGUAAUGUCGGCGCAUACGUAAAGUUUUGUUUUAUGUAGUUUUGAAGAUCAAAUUAGGUAGGUGACGUCCCUCAUUUUCCAUACACUGAGUAAACCGAUUUCUGGCAUUUGUCAUGACUCUUGCCAGCAUAGCAGGCAUUAUGUUGGCUAUUUCUUCCUGGAUGUUGGUCUUCAAAUCUUGUAGGGUCCUUGGACGGUUCACAUAAACACGGGAUUAAAAAAAAAACGAAAAAAAUCACAAGGGGCCAAAUCUGGAGAGCGGGCCAGCCACUCCAAAUCCGCUUGAAAAGUAGGCCUCAACGGCAAAAGCACGCUCCUCACUGUUCCAACACAUGAUGGCGACUGAACUGUGUCAGGACAAAACGUUAUACUCCCACCUGUCGAACGAGACCACUAGCGCUCCGCUAUGUUUUCAACCGACUCAAUGGCGCGCAUUUAAAAAAAAGGAAGUUAUGCUGCCUCAUCCUGUAGAUAUAAUUUCAAGCUAUGGUUUGUUGAAUCCGUGGAUACAGAACCAGUGGGUACUGAGGGCUGAUUGUAUCUGGCAAACUAAUUUCUUCUUGCUUCAGUCCUGGUUCAUCUAUAAUGUUUGAUUUAGAUUCUCUCUAAUCUUCCACAUGAUAGAUAUGGUUUCCUGGCUAUAAUUUGUGUAAUUUGGGUUUAGGUCAUAGACAAGUGGUACCUGUUGGUAUAAUCAUGCUGGACCAAAUACUGCUAACUCUACAUAGCUGUGUGCAUGGACUAUGCCACAUGGAAAGUUUGUACCCUCUGAACCAAGGACAUUUCUUAUUAACAUGUAUGUUAUCCCAUAUUUACAUAUAAAUGCUCUUUCUUUCUGGUCAUAGUAGCAUUUAAGUAACAUCACCAUUCAUGACUGUGAACAGUCCAGUGUUUGUACAGUUUGGAUGGUUUAUAAAGCACCCUAGGAUUUUUCAGAAUUAGUGUUUGAAGUUGAAUGUCUUUUCUCUGUGUCCAACUGUUAUAUAGAAUUAAACGAUUCAAUUAGAGUGAAUCUCUCAUCUAAUUAAUAGCCCAUCUGAAUGGUUUUUAAAAAAUAAAAAUAAAAUAUUCCAAUAGUCCUGAGAGUAGCUUAAGAUAACGCAACCAGCUUGAAUAAUACAUAUGAGCUGAAUUAUCAAUGGUAUGGAAACACUGUAUUUUAGUUUAUGGGGCACAUUUUGAUAGCCUUUUGCCAUGAAAUCUCUACAUGUAUGAUGAAGAAACUUGAUCUAGUUUUUUACUGCAACCUUCUUGCUUUUAUUUGUAUAUAUUACAUUUCUAGUUGAUCUUUUUCGUCAAUGUUCUUAAACAUCAAAUUAAGCUAACUUGAAUCUCCAAUUUCAUUCUGCGUUUUCUGUUCCAGCUCUCCCAAAAGUGAUUUCUAUAAAUUUAAUACUCUCACUCACCGCUUUUUCAAUAGGAUCACGUAGAAUUUUAGAAAUAUAAGUGUGUUUACAUGGCUUAAUUCCAUUAAUGCAAUACCCACUACUUGUUUUAUAUUUAUAGAACUUCCAUCUUUAUUUAAUUUGAGAACAAAAAAAAAUUGACUAUCAUGAUCAUGAAUGUAGAUUGCUAUUUUGUAUACUCUUUCCCAACUUUAACUACAACGAAGUGGUAGCUGUGUUACUUGAGCAUACCAUUAUUGAGCUUCUUCUUCCUCCCCUUUUUGGCUGGAAAUUAAAAUUUGAAAAAUCUUAAAUAUUUCCAGCAGAUAAAGCUGGUUGGCAGCUUAGAAACCAAGGACUGAAGGACAUUUGACUUCCUUUUUUGUUUGUUUGUAUUUAAAUGACAUGAAUGUAAAGAGGGAUGCUCAGGGUUGUUUUUGGAGCCUGUUGAAUUUUGCUUAUUUUGCCUGUAAUUUUUAUUUGCUAAAUAAAAUAUGUCAUGUAGCAAUCUUGGAAUAUGUUGAGAAGGAAAAUGCCAAAUCAUUUGGUAAUUUUUUUUUAAAAAAAUGCUAGGUAAGUUGAAUUGCUGAUGAUGUUUUUUUUAAGUACAGCUUUUGUAUUUGUUGAAGUAAUCUUGAAGAAACAUGUGCCUCCGUUUUUAGAUGUUUUGUCUUAUCUUUUCUGCACUAAGUACCUGACCAUUUUAACCAAUCAAUGCACCUUUCCAGUGGCAAAACUUGCUUCUUGAAAAUUAUUGUGUCAGAAGGCAAGAAUUUUAACUGCAAAAUGGAAUGAAAGUGUUCAGGGAAUGCAAAAGUAUUAACGUAAGAGACAAAACCUCAUGCUCCUUAUGCAUUGCUUCACUAUGUAAAUAGCGCUUUCUUUCUUUCCUUCGUUCUUUCUUUUGCUAGUGAACUUAUUUGUAAUCUUUCAGGUAUUUUUGUACAAAUGAGGGACUGAUUCUCUUUCUUGUAAUUAGAAAUAAACAUUCAUACAAUUGUAUUCAUUUUA